AUGCUAGACAUCGCCGAACCAUCCAACGCCUCCACGCGCAGACCAGCAGCAUCAACCGAGCCAGCAGCAUCCCUCCCCCCACCGCCCGACUACACCGCGCUCAACACCUCAAACACCAACUUCCGCAUCCUAGGCACCUUCAUCUGCGCCGCCGUCACCUCAGGCGAAGCGCGCUACCAACUCUCCACAACCCUCGACCACAACAUGCGCGAGCUGCGGAUCCGGCGCCUCACGUCUUCCGAGAGCCGCCGCAUCGUCACGAACCCGCAAACACCCAUGAAGUUUGAGAACGAUCGGACGCUCUACACGCUAUAUAUGGACCGCUGGAACAACGCGAUCCGGCUCGUGGGCGCGUCGGGCGAGAUCAGGGUUGAUUACUCCUUCGGGCGAUGGCGGGUGUACUGGAUGCGAGAUAAGCGGCGCGAGAUGCUGUACUGGGUCCGGAAGGGGCGGGUGGGGCUGGAUUGGGAGGACGAGGAGGGCAGGGCAGUGGCGCUGGAGACGAGGGAGGGGGACGAGUUUUCGCCGCCGCUGCUGAAGCUGAGCCAGGAGAUGGAUGAGCGGAGUAGGGAUACGUUGGUUGCGUGUUGGGUUGCGAGGAUUUGGUAUUGGGCGCCUACUGCUCCUGCGCCUGAGGUGAGCUUUGGGGAGAAGAAAGAUAGUGUUCGACACCGCUUGAAAUUGGGGGGAGAGGUCACUGGUGGCAUGGCACGGCUGCUUUAA